GUUACCGUGUGAUUGUCGGCCGGCGUAAUAUUAUAUAAUUACAAUCGCGCACCAUAUUUCAUACACAUACACACAUACACAUCUCAUCCAAAUAUACAUAUACAAGUACACAAACUAAACCAAAAAAUAACUGCAGUAGUAAAUAAUAAAAUAAGAAACGAGUACAGACAAAAAAAAAUAUACACACACGGAUAUUUCAUCUCGAUAAUAGAAUCGAACAGAGUUCGGAAAUAAAAAUUCUCCUACGUUGGACCAUGUGUUUCGGCCGAUGACAUUGUGUUCGAUUGGAUUGCCGAAAGGGCCACACGAAGAUGCGGAUUUCCGAUCGCCGUUAUAGGCGAGACCUCACCCAAAAUUUGAUAACUUAUCUUGUAUAUAUUUUACUAACGGUGAUAAAUGCAUCGUCGGCGAGCGAUUUGUGGCCGGUCGAGAGGCCCGAGGGGAUGCCUUCCAUCCACGCUCUGGACGUGAUGUGCGGCAAGGACCAUAUGGACGUCCACCUCACCUUCACCCAUCCCUUCGAAGGUAUCGUCUCGUCGAAGGGUCAGCACGGGGAUCCCAGAUGCGUGUACGUGCCGCCGUCCACGGGACAGACGUUCUUCUCAUUCCGCAUUGCGUACGCCCGAUGCGGCACUAAACCGGAUCUGCAUGGCCAGUUCUACGAGAACACCGUUGUUGUUCAAUAUGAUAAAGACCUGCUGGAGGUGUGGGACGAGGCCAAGCGAUUAAGAUGUGAAUGGUUUAAUGAUUACGAGAAGACCGCCUCGAAGCCACCGAUGGUGAUAGCGGAUUUGGAUGUGAUUCAAUUGGACUUCAGAGGUGACAACGUGGACUGUUGGAUGGAAAUACAGCAUGGCAAAGGGCCUUGGGCACCGCCGGUCAGUGGGAUCGUUCCGCUCGGCUCCACGCUGACUCUUGUCAUUGGUAUAAAUGAUGAUAGAGGUGAAUUUGAUAUGAGGGUGAAGUCGUGCGUGGCGUCGGAUGGAGGCGGUCACGUCAUUCAAUUGUCGGAUGAGUACGGUUGUGUUCUGAGGCCAAAGAUGAUCAGCCGUUUCUUGAAGGUUAAGGGAGCCGAUGAACGGGCCUCAGUUAUAACGUACGCAUUCUUCCACGCCUUCAAGUUCCCCGACGCCCUCAGCGUCUACAUCAGGUGCAAGGUGGAGAUCUGCAGACACGGUUGCAUGGACCACUGUCAGCUGCAACCGGAAGGAGGCGGCGCAGUCGGAGGAGGCGGUGUAGUCAGCGGCGGAGGUAGCGACGUCUCCGAUCUGAACCACUUCCUGGGGUUGGACAGGAAGGAUGAUCAUUUGCCAGGCGAUAAACAGCUGCUCGGCCCCGAUCCAGUAGACGAUAUAGUCUACGACGACAUUAUCCAGCAAGGCGAAGGUGGUGCGGCGAUAGGUGGCAACUUCCCGUCCAUCAAGAUGUCCGUAAACAAGAAUGUGAACAGAGUGUCGCAGGGCAACGACGAGCAGCCGACGGACUCGGAGCUCGACAUAACGGCAGUUCCGCAUAAGGAUGCAUACACCAUGGAGCAAGAGCAGUUCCCGCACGGGCCGAGGAAUUUCAACGAGGAGAUGCCGUUGGGCGCGCCGCGUUCCCUCUCCGAAGACGUCCCGCUGGUCGUGGUCAAGGAGGAGGAGAAGAACGUGUCUUCGGAAAAAGUGAAACGGAAACGUCGCUCGAUCGUCGUGUCGGAUAGGAAAGUGCGCAGUGCGGACGUGGGUGUUAGUGGAUUGUACGAGGUCAUCUCCGAAGCGGAUCUUGCGUUCAGUCCCGACAACAAAGCGGAGGCCGUCACCGUGUUCCAAGGGAAGAUACGUGAAGAGGUGGUUUACGGCAUCUGCAUGCCGGUGCCGGGCUUCAGCGUGCUCUUCGUCAUGGUCGCAUUGUCGGCCGUCGUCUCAGCUCUGGUCGCCGGCUCGUUACUCUACCGCUACCAAUUACAAAGAGAGCAGAUGGUAGAACAAGCGCAACGAAACGGUGCCAUAGUCAUGAGCUCCUUCGUUAAUUGGGUUGGUCUGGGCUUCCUGAAGGCCAGAGCCCAGGCUCAGGAAACGAACGGAACCGUGGACACCGGCAAUUCCCCAUCCUUGCACCACACCAUGAACGGCAAGACUGAAGAUCUAUGCUCUCGCGAUUAAAAACCAAACGGAAACAACAUCAAACAAAGACUUAACUCAAUUUAAAAACGCGUGGUGCUCAACGAUACGCAAAAGACUAUUUUAUUAUAUUAAUAAUACAUACGCAUACAAUAUAGAAACGAAAACAAAAAAAAAUAAUAAUACAAACAAGGGCGCGAUUGCAAUAUCUUAAUUAAAACUUAGCUCUCUGCUGCUGAGUGUCGGAUCAACGCACUUCUUAAUAUUCUCGAUCCUACAACAAAUAAAAUAUACAAGAACUCUCCUCAAAUGGAUU